GGGGGGGGCGGGGAGGAGAAAGCCGCCAGAAGUGACGUCGCCCCGCCGAGGCGCCUGCCGGGGGACGCCGUUGCGCAGGUUUUAUUCCUCGCCGCCGUCGCCUCGCCGGCUCGGGCCAUGUACCGGCAGAGCUUCCGCCCCCCGACGCCUCCGUACGCGGGCGGCGGCUUCCGGAGCCCUCCCUCCGGCGGGGGCCCCGUGCCACCCUCCCCGCGGGGCUACGGGAGCCCCCACCACACGCCGCCCUACGGCCACCGGCCUGGGCCUUACGGCAGCGGCCACUCGCCCCGAGGCCACGGUUUCCACGGCGGCGGCGGGCGGUUCGGGAGCCCGUCGCCGGGGGGGCAGACCCCGCGCAGGCCGCAGAGCGUCAGCCCCCGGUACCCGGCUCCCUACGGCGGCAAAUCCCCGGCUGGAGCUGCCCUGCACCCGCAGCAGCACAAGCGCUCGCCCGGGGGCUUCCAGAGGCACUACCAGGGAUCACCCAGGACAUCUACUCCAUUUGGUACAGCGCAUGGCAGAGAGAAAAGAGUGUCUAAUGAUGUGGAAAACUAUUACAGACCUUCAAUGCUUGAGGACCCAUGGGCUGGCCUAGAGCCAGUUUCUGUUACAGACAUAAACCAACAAUACAGCAGUGAGCAAACAACAUAUACUGGUAAAAAAGGGAGGUAUUUCAGCUAACACUUUUAAAGGCUAAAUAACUCCAUCUUGUCAGGAAAACUUUGGGACAAAAUCUUUACACUUACACAAGAUGAACAAUAAUCAAGACCUUAGAUAAUGCUUUUAUUUGAUCACACGUCCACCCUUUUAUCCUACUUUUUUUUUAAUUGCAUUGGAUAUUUUUAUGUAUGGGAGGGAAAAGGAGUGGUAGGAAAACUUAGAUUUCUGGCUACGUGGAAGUGCCUACCAGCUUUGAAGAACAAAGUGUUCUUUAAUCACCAGCGACUGAUUUGUGACUGUUAAAACAGGUUUCCAUAUAUUUACCUCUUCCAUGCCAGAUUGUUAGCCUUUUAUUGUAAACUCCUUUAGGAAAUGGUAUUUUUUUAUGUUUCAACAUUUUUAGAAUGAAGUACCUUGGAAAUAAAAUAAAGUUUUGUAAAUCCUUGUUUUGUAAUGUAUAAAGAUUAUUUUAGGACUUUUGUUAAGGUGUACACAUUAACACAAAUAGUACUAGUGAAAUUAGGUGACUUCUGUAAAUGUGCUUGUAUGCUGUAGUUAAGCUCUGAUUUUGUGCAUAGUAUUUUUUGUUAAUUGUAGUGUAACAUGAAGUUGAGACGUGACUUUCAGCCAUCUCAGGAAACCAAUGUAUUGUCUUUGGAAAGUUUAAUUUGUUGAACCAGCUCUUGAGUCAUAACCAUAAUUCUGUAAUCAUUUGCUUUUGUAUUUU